AUGCUCAUAUAUAGAAUAUCUGCAUCUGUAUACUGUAUCAAAUGUUUGAUCCGCCGCAACGGUGUGUACACUAAAACGUUAAACAACCCGAGAUUUCCGUUUUCUAUGUAUCCAAAAUGUAUUGAUUUCGGAGUCAUCAAUUCCAGAUGGAAUGCGUUUUACGAUCGUCAGCUGAUUAAUUCCGGUCGAUGCAAGUUUAUCCUUCACGAUGGUCCACCUUACGCCAACGGUGAACUUCAUGCGGGACAUGCAUUGAAUAAAGUCCUCAAAGAUGUCCACCUUCGCUUUAAACUUCUUUCUGGUCACUCCAUUGAGUACAUUCCGGGUUGGGAUUGUCAUGGCUUGCCAAUUGAACUUAAAGCCAUAGAAAACUCAAAUAUAUCAUCAGCAAAUGAAAUUCGACGGGCAGCCUCAUCCCUAGCCCAAAAAUUCAUUGGAAUACAGAAAAAUUCCUUUCAGGAAUGGGGUGUUAUAGGAUCGUGGAAUGGAUGCUAUCAUACUAUGGACAAACGUUUUCAGGCGGUUGAGUUAAAAGCAUUUUCGGAUCUACAUUCAAAGGGUUUUAUUUUCCGAAGCUCCUUACCCGUUUACUGGUCCACAGAUACAAAGUCUGCAAUAGCUGAGUCAGAGCUGGAAUAUAAUCCAGAGCAUAAAAGUUACUCAAUUUACCUGAAAGUCAAAUUAACAAAGUACAGUUUUCGUCUUGGGAAAAAUGUUGACAAGGGCUCCAAUGUAUACGGUAUAGUUUGGACUACCAACCCAUGGACUGUAUUUUCCAAUGAAGCUAUAGCAUAUGAUUCAAGUGCCACAUAUAUUUUACUUCAAAGUCAACCAUCGGGAGACAUCUACUUAGUCGGUAAAUACUUUUCCGAUCGCUUGAAAUCUUUUUUACCCGGUGAAAGAAUACACCAAGUCGAUGAAAUACUAGGUGAUAAUCUUAAUGGUUGUUUUUAUAGUCAUCCAACUCGUCCUUUUGCUUAUGAAAUACCAUUUUUGUCCAGUCCUCAUGUCUGCAAAUCCAUGGGUACUGGUCUUGUGCAUAUAGCACCUUGUCAUGGCAAAGAAGAUUUCGAAUUAGCUAAAAAGCAUAACUUACCAUUGAAAUUGUUUGUUGAUGAAUCUGGUUGUUUCACCCCUGAAGUUGGUUCAGAAUUAUUAACAGGUCAGGAAGUGUUGCGUCAAGGAAAUACUUCAGCUAUCGAACUACUUAAACCAAUUAUUGUACAUAAAGAAGUAGUAUCUCAUAGUUAUCCUUAUGAUUGGCGAACAAAAAAGCCUGUUAUUAUCCGACUUUCAGAUCAGUGGUUUAUUGAUACGAAAAAGAUUUCACCAUCUGCUGUAGAGGAGUAUAAAAAGUGA